UGAUGGAAAGCACCAAGCACCCUCUGCUACACUCAUUAAAAUUAGGCUCGGCAGCAGCAUCUGACCUUGCAAACCCCUGGCAGAAGGGUGAUCUGCCCUCCCAGCGAGAGGGAACCUGCGUCCACUGCCAGGAGCUCAGAUAACGUUGGAGGACACUGCAGGAUUCAGCCCAGGCAUUUCUCCACUGCAGAAGCCACCAGCCUCUCCUGAUUCACACACAAGCAGGGUCAGCUUUGCUUCAAAGGGAGAAGGAUUUUGCAGCCCAUGCACAGGUUUCUGGGAACAGAUGGAGUCUGUGGGUUACUCGCUAUGCAGGAUCUGGCUGUUUUUCUUGCUGUUCUGGCUGGUACAAGGGAGGCAGAUGGCUCCUCCAGGUUUUGUAGAGAGCACUUGCCGCUCCAGGAUUUUUUGGAUGAAACUGAAUAAACACUUGCUCCAGGGAAAGUUCUUCCAGCUGGAAAUCAACGAUCCUUAUGCUGGCCCCAUUCUGCUGGAUGAGAAACUAGCAUCUCGCUGUGGCUAUGUUCUGUCAGAAGAUGUGUGGGGCAACCCCGUGUUUCGUGCAUCGGUGCUUGGCUGUCACGUCACCAACGAGGCAGACGAGCUGUUUUCACUAACUGUGAAUAUCAAGGUCUCCUCAUUUUCAAGCAUGAGGGCAGCUGUGACCUACACAUACCCUAUGUACUGCUCCUACUCUUCCUGGGCUUCAAGAGAAAUUGUGUGUGAAGAAAACUACAUGGAGGUGUCAGUGAAGACUGAUGUCCCUGCAGUUUCAAAUGACUACACGGUAGCGUGGAUGUCAGCGCUGCCAGAGACGCAAAAUGUUGCAUACCAGCUAUGGCAACUGAUGUUUGUUUCUCCAUCAGGGAGAAAGAGAAUAACAGUAAGCGAUGCAGGAAAACUGGGCUACAGCUUCAAUAACACGCUGUCCCGAGUGUACCUCCGUGCACCCUACCACAGCAAUGAGUCGGAUGUCAGCCUGGUCAGUGGUGUAAAUAUGAACAUGGUGACUUCCACUUCCAUGUACAGGCAGCGGUGGCUGCUUUUGCUGAUUGACACGACUGUCUCCUGUCCUGUUGAUGGCACCAGUUUCACUGAUACUGCACUAACAUGGACUGUGCCAAGUGUUAUCCCCACAUUAGUGGUCCAAGAAUCCACCUUUAUGUCUAAAAACAUUCUAAUGGGAGUCGAUGGUCAAGUCAUAGUAAACCCAGAGGAGAAAAACUACUUACUGGAGCACAACGAGACACACAUCGGAAUAACUAUCCCUAUCGGAGCAGAAGGAGGGCAGCUAAAGAGCUCCAUAUCUGAUGGUGUAUAUGGAGUAACUUACAGUAUUGACUUGUUCUUGGAGCACACAUGGACAGUUGCAGACUGGCAAACCACAAAGUAUACUGUCAUCAGAUCCAUCACCACACCUUUCAUGCCACAAAUUCCAACAGUUACCAACAAUACUCUGCCAGAGGAAAGGCUAUUUAACAUUGCAUUUGGACACUUUCUUCCCGAUGUCUCUCUGGUGGCAAUUGCAAUAGGAAAUGUGCCAUUUACCCUGAGAGAAGCACAGCACCAUGGGUUUAGGAUUUAUGAAACUCCCAUUUCUAAUAGAAUGAAAGAGUUUAUCCUGGAAGUCUCUUUUGAUGAUCCAUAUGUCCUAAAGGAGUAUGUGAAUAGAAAUGAAACAAAAUACACCCUCCUUGUCAACUACACUCUAAGUGUGGGUCCGGAGAUGACACUCUGGUAUCAUUCUGCAGAGGUGGAGUGUGUGAUUGCUGAUAUCGAACUACCAGAAGCAGUUGGUUACUGUGAUGAAGAAAACCUGUAUCUGGCCAUCCCUACUUUUGGCUUGCACCAGUAUUGGAACCUGUAUCUUGGUAACAAGCUCCUGAACCGACUCAUUGUGCUUACCAAUGGGUAUCUUGCAGCUACCAAUUCUACACACCUCAUCUUGCAAAUACCACUGUUUGCCACGGGAGUUAUCUAUGAGGACGUGUCCUUUCAGAAAAUUAAAGCAAGGUUUGAUGUUGCCCUAAGGAAAGUGAGAACAAUGGAGACCUUACAGAUGUUCUCUGUUAGCUGCAAUUUUAAUUCUUCAGCAUUUAUAAUAUGCCACCCAGAUGGUACUAUAUCGGUAUCUGCCCAAAUGAAGACAGUUCCUGCCAUUGAUAUGAGUAAAACCAAACUGAGGGAUAGCUCUUGCAAGCCUAGAGAGUAUAAUGAAGGACAUGCCUUCUUCAAGUUCCAUAUCACUACCUGUGGCACUUCAGCAAGGUUUGAAGGCGAUUACAUUGUUUAUGAAAAUGAAAUCUCGUAUGAAAAAGAGACUCUUCCAGGGCAGAGUGUACCUACAAUCACAAGAGAUCCAGACUACAGAUUAACAGUCUUGUGCUACUAUCGAGCAAAAGAGACGCUAGUGCUGGGUGCUUUCACUAGUGAUCCAUCCACAUCACCCCACUUUGGCUCGGGUACGAUGGUAGCAAGAUCAAACACCGCGGCAUACAGAAGGACGAGACAAGCCCUGAAUGUCAUUUCCAGAGUGUCCAAAGAUGACUCUUUUGUGGAGUUCUACGAGCCAAAUGUGGCAAUACUCAAGCGACCUGUGGAGCCUGUGUUUCUCGAGGUGGAACUGAAGGACGAGAGCCCUGAUGCAGAGUUAUACCUGGAAAACUGCUGGGUAACCGGCUCUCUGGACUUCAACAGCAGCCCAAGAUGGAACAUCACUGUGGAUGGGUGUGAGAUAAAAGGCAGUGUGUACGUUGCAGAGGUCUGCCCGGUAGCUGUUGGACCUAGGGUGAGACAUCCUUCUCAUUUUAAAAGGCUAGCAGUAAGGACCCUGGCACAUCAACUGGAACAGAUGUACGUGCACUGCUUGGUGACUGUUUGCUCUCCUACCAGCAUACUACCUGCCGGCCCCUGCAGAGGACAGUGCAGCUCAAGCAAGGAGAGGAAGGCCUUUCCAGGUCACCGUGCAGCCAACCUCCAGGGCUAUGUACUUGCUGGACCAGUCUGGAUUGUUGAUCCAGAACUAAGAUGAUGCAGCACCUGAAGGUUCUGCUGUACUGGACGAUUCCUAAAUGGUGCAACUGGACACAGGAGCUACCUCUUCCAGUGACCACCAGAACAAUCUUGCUUGAAACGAAAACACCAGACUGUGAGACUCGGGACAGCGCUACGGCACUGGAAAGUGCCAGGGUCUGCUAACAGGAUCAGUAAAUGUUGUAACCUGUUGCCUCUCUGAAGCAGCUACAAAACAAAACUUACCAGAAAACAACCCAAUGCUGCAAAAUAACAUUUCUUGUUUCUUCCAGCUGUUGAAAUAUGGACUUGCAGAUGACUAAAAUUAUUCCAACCCUGAUCACGGCUGCUUGUUAUAAUAUUUCAUAAAGUGACUGCCAAUCCUCCCAUGUGAAAGUGCAAAUAUGAAAAGUCAAAUAAAAAUACAUAAAAA